ACACACACACACACACACACCAACACGCGCUCUGUAUUUCGGCUCAGCCAUGGCUCCCUGGUAGAUGCUCAAAGCGGCUGUUGUCAGGGCGAAUUAACACUCGCUCGCUGCUUUCCUCCUGACCUUGCCUGCCUCUGGUUGGGUUUUUAAUAUUUUAUUCAGGAUUCCUGUGCUGUCUCCCUAUGGCUACAUCGGAUGGACUAGACGGCUGUCUGCAACGAGGCAGAUCUCAAAGUGACCCGAACAUACUCACCGAACCGGGCAUCGAUUUGGCUCAUUGCACAGUGGAGUCGAUGGACCAGCAGAGGGUGCUGAGGACCGGUUGCCUGGUGACAGGGGUCCACACUCCGCCCAUCAGACGUAACAGCAAACUGGCCACGCUGGGGCGCAUCUUCAAACCCUGGAAGUGGAGGAAAAAGAAAAAUGAGAAGCUGAAGCAGAGUUCCACAGAUGUAGCAUUAUCCAGCCGUCUUCUAUGCCACGACCACACCUCCCCCACCCGGGGCUGCUGCUCAGAGGGCGCAGUCCUGCUUGGAGGAUUCGGGGGAUCCUUGACCUCAAACCUCACUGUCAGCAGUGUGGAAUACCUUGGUCCUGAGUUGGAGCUUCCCCCUCCAGUAGCUGCUCCUCUUCAGGACUGUGAACCGGUGGAGGAGAAUGAACUACAAGCGGAGGAGGGAAGUGAGGAGGUGCACCAUGUGGAUGUACCUGAGGGGCUGCAAGACCCGGGGGAGCAGACGGAAGAAAGACCAGAGGAAGAGAUUCCUCCACUGACGUCGCCGCCUCAAGUACCUCCCAAACCUUUGCCCCAUGUGCAGAGCACUGGAGACGAUCCAGGCCCCAUGUCGCUCCCGGCGCACCUGCCCAACUCCUACCUCCCCAAGGAGCCUCCCCCCAGGGCCUCAGAAAGCAUGGCUUCGGUCAUCCUAACGCUACGAGGGCCCCUAGCCAACACCUCAGGGUCCCCACACAUAGGCAAUAUGAUGCAUCCUCUCAUGCCUCCUAGCUGCAUUAUGGAGGAACUGCAGAGAGCGUUUGCUUCCAAAAACAGACAAGAGAGUGUCCAUGAAGGGUGUGAGCAGGCCUCACCCCCAAGGCUGUGGUGUUCAGAUGGACGUCUCUCUCGCUCCUGCAGCUCCGAGAACCAACACCCAUUGUCUUUUGGGGGCGGCUGUGUGGGAGGUGGAGGGUCGGACUGGCCCAAGAAGGAGGCGGAGGAGAAUAAGGAGAACAUGCGGCUGGACCAGUGCUUCUCCAACACCUCAGGCCUCCCCAACGACUUGGACGGCUGGAAUGACUCCGUCAUCUCUGGUACACUUCCUCGCAGGCUAAGGAAGGAGUUGCUGACGGUCAAACUACGAAACCGGCCGAGCAAGCAGGAGUUGGAAGACAGAAAUAUCUUCCCAGUCAGGAGUGACCAGGAGCGUCAGGAAAUCCGCCAGCAGAUUGAAAUGAAACUUGCCAAGAGGCUGAGCCAGAGACCGAAUGUGGAGGAGCUGGAGAGUCGGAACAUACUGAAACAGAGAAACGAUCAAACAGAGCAAGAGGAGAGGAGGGAGAUCAAACAGCGGCUAAACAGAAAGCUCAACCAGCGGCCCACUGUAGACGAACUGAGAGACAGAAAGAUUCUGAUCCGCUUCAGUGACUACGUGGAGGUGGCCAAAGCUCAGGACUACGACAGGAGAGCAGACAAGCCCUGGACUCGGCUCUCGGCGGCAGACAAGGCUGCAAUCCGAAAAGAGCUUAAUGAGUUCAAAAGCACCGAGAUGGAAGUGCACGCGUCAAGCAAACACCUUACGAGGUUCCACCGGCCAUGAAAGCAGGGGGAGUUUCUUCUGUGAAGAAAUGCUGAGCUUGGAAAUAAAAAAAAAAAAUGUCUGAAGCUGAGCAGCGGCGGCUAAGUUGAAAGAGCCUGAGGCCCGUUUGUCUUCAGCGUGUCUUUUAGCAUUCUUCCAGCACCCUCGACUGUCAUAUCAUCCGUAUGAGGGUGUGAGAGAGGAGCCGCUGGAAGUGUUUGCGGCAGCGUGUCCUGGAGACCAUGCGGACGCUGGCUGGUGGAAGUGGACUGGUGGCGCCUCCGGGCUCUCUGGACGAGAGCCGGAGGAAAAAAACAAAAACAAUUAUGUCAUUCAGUCAGUGUUGGGGUUUUUUGUUUUUUUUGGUACUAUUUCAUGGACUCCUUUGACGAGGCAGUGUUGUUGGAAGAAGUUGUGCAUGUGACCAGCUUCACCUUUUCUUAGCCGAUGAAUAAUGUCUCACUUGGACUGUGUUAAGAUCUCCGGGGGAUGGUAUUGGGGAUGAAUUUUGAUAUUAACUGUACAUAUAGUAUGUCAAUCUGAAUGGGACGUAAAUGUCUUCACUGAAAUGAGAAAUACCUUUGUAAGCACCACUUGUCUUCAAAAUACAAGGUCUUUUUUUAAGAAUG